AAAGCGCGCAAAUUCAAACUGCAGUAGGAGCCGACAGAGGGGAGCGAUGGAGAGCCGGAGCUGUAUAUAGAGGCCGCGCACCGGAACUGUUUUUCCAAUGGCUACCACUUCUGCCACGGCAUCAUGAGAUCAAGUCCCCGAAGGCCACUUAUAUUGAGAAGACGUAGGUUGAACCUUCCGAAUCAAGAUGACCUCCGCAGCACUAGGACUCCUGAACAGAGACAGACCGCCAUGACCGGCACUGUAGAAAGUCAGAAGAAGGAUCUGGGUCACAAUGAAUCAAUCCUGCCAAAAUCAGUAACCACCGAAUUCAACCGGUUUCCUGAAAAUUUGGUCCAUCCAAACCAAAGCACCAGUGUAGGAAAUGCAGCCUCUCCUGCAGAUUCCCCCAGUCUCUGUGGUGUUAAGGUCAUGGGUCACCCAACCAUCCCUGAUACUCAGUUGGUAGUUAUCCCCCCCGAUUCUGAUGUAGAAAGUAUCAUUCAAGCUCUGACUGUACGGGGAAAGGAGAGCGGUGGCCCCAAUAAGUUUAUCCUCAUCACUGGGAGCAGCUCCUUCCACUCCCAAGUUGAGAAACUUGGACUCCAAAGCAAGGCCGCAGAGGAAAUCGAGACCAUACAGCUGGAGGCAUCAUCCUCAUCUCAUCAGUCACCAGAGGAAGAGAAGCAUGCCGUUCCUAAGGAAGGACAGGAACUGGAUGGAAGCCUUACCAACAUACACUGGCUGGGGAACAUGAGCUCUGAUGGACUGGGACCAUGUGAUGUCAAAGUGGAAUUUGCAGAGAAGGAGAACUGCACCCCUGGGAUGGAGUCCUUACAGGUGGAGGAAGAACACAGCGCACCCGCAGCCUCUCAGCAGUGGCAGGUCAGUGCCUUUGAGCGUCCUCCAUACUCCUACAUGGCUUUGAUCCAGUUUGCCAUUAACAGUACGACUUCCAAGAGAAUGACCCUGAAAGACAUCUACACGUGGAUCGAGGAUCACUUUCCUUACUUUAAACACGUAGCAAAGCCUGGUUGGAAGAAUUCCAUCAGACAUAAUCUCUCCUUGCAUGACAUGUUUGUGCGUGAGACCUCUAGCAACAACAAGAUUUCCUAUUGGACCAUACAUCCCCAUGCCAACCGCUGCCUCACCCUUGAUCAGGUAUACAAGGCCUCCAGCUCCACGUCCUCUGCGUGCACUGAACCACAGCAGAAAAGGCUGCUACCGGAGCUGAGUAAGACUAUGCCAAGUGUCCCGAGUAGCACAAAGGCUCCAGAGCGGAAGAUGAAACCUCUCCUGCCGAGGGUAGACUCCUAUCUGAUUCCCGUGCAGUUUCCUCUUACGCAGUCCCUGAUGUUCUCUCCAGUGGAGACAUUUAGUCCAGAUCCAGGAGCGUCUGAUGGACCUCACAGCAGUAAACGGGUCAAGAUUGCCCCUAAGGUUCUGCUGGAGUCGGAGCAGCCCUCCCUGCCAAUCCCGGCAGCACCUGAACAGACAGAACUGGACUCUACAAAAAUGCGGCCAUCCCUUCUUUCUCAGUGCCAGCGCAUAAGUGGUUCAAGGAGGAAGCAGCAGCUGGUGACCCCCAGAUCUCAGGAGCCAGAACUGGUUCUCCCUGACACCAGUUUUUCGGAUUCGGGUUUGGACACAGAUAUAUCCAUCCUGCAGGACACAAAACCUCAGGAGGCGCCAUCUGAACUUACUCAAGACGAGGGCUACUCCUUCAAGACCCCUGUUAAGGAGAGGUUGACGAAGCCCCCUGCUUCAUCCACGCCAAGCAAACCAACUGAGCGAAGUUUCUUGCCUCCAGCUGUGGAAUCUGAAUCCCCACUCACCAGAGAUCCCUUGUCAGAAUUCAGCCCAGUCCGAAUACCACGGGGACCUGCCCUUACCCCUUUCAAGGACAGUUAUGGGACCCUCAGUUUUUGGGAGACUCCUUUUAAAGAUCUACCUUAUUUUGGUUCCCCCCCAGAUCUAAUGGGCACUUCCCCUCCUCUUUUCUCUCAGUCGGAAACACUGGAGACUCCAACUGGAGCUCGCAAACACAGAGGCUGUUCCAAGGAGCUGCAAGUAGGGGGCUCCACUAAUCGCUCCCUGUUGGAGGGGCUGGUGCUGGACACUAAGGACGAAAGCCUCAGUAAGAUCUUGUUGGACGUUAGUUUCAGUGGGCUGGAGGAGGACAAUUGUGCAGGCACUGACAGUUCAUACUGGGGACAGCUGUUCAACGAGCUGAGGUAGCCCCCUCCACCUGUUAGAUCCCCGCUCCCCCUACAUAAAUAAGUAGUGGCCUCUGGAGGGAUCAAUGAUCUCAGCACAUUGAUUGGGGUGUUGAUGCCCCCUCUCCCUAAAAAAAUAAUAAUCAUGCAAGUAUCCGCCUUUGAAUGGAUAAAAAUGCCAUUAAGUUAUACCUGGAAAAGUUUUUCUACGGUCCUGAAUGGCCAUUUGCGCCUUGUUAGGCAGCCAUAUUGAAACAGAUGAUGUAUUCCUAAACAGAUUGGCCAUUCAGGAUUCUGCGAAAGCUUUACUAGGGUCCUGAAUCUCUGCUAGUGCCUAAUUGUCAUUCAGCUUUCCCAGAAAACUUAAAAUAUUGGAAUCUGUUUGGGGAGGGUGAUCCAAGUGGGGGUAGGUAAUGGUUUUGGGUGUACAGCGCCCUUCGGGGGUGGGGUGUGAAUUGUAUAGGUUCUUAGGGUAACUUUAUAAAUGAGGUUCUGUAAUGGGGUGCUGGGGCCCGAGGCACCGUUCACUGCCUCCUAUAUAUUUAUUUAAGUGUUGCUUUUAUAUGAAGACUUUGUCAUAUGUGGCCUUGUACAUAGUGUAUGUGUGUGUGUUCUGAGGUGCAGCCGCAAGUAACGGUAAUACUCCGUAUAUGAUUUUAUUAACGGCAUACAUCUCCAACCUCCCACCCAGUUGCAGUGGAGUCCGAGAGAAAGCUGUCACAUCCUAUGAAGAUUCGUCUCAUCAAGCAGAGUUUUGCACCUGUGAUGAGAUGUCCCCCAAAACGAAGCGAAGGACAUUCUCUCUGACACUUGAUUGACGAGGCCAGACAUCUCCGCUAAUGGCGCAAGAACAGAGCCUGUCUUUACUGGAGCAGCGACUGAGCGUGCGCUGUUAUACUUUAAGGUAGCGUGAACAGUUGCUGCUCCAGUAGAGGAGGCAGAGCCUCCGCUUGCGUCGCUACACGUGGCAGGCUUGAGAUGUCUGAUCAUGUCAACCAAGCAGCAGGGGGAGCAUCCUCAGCUUUAGGCCUCAUGCACACGAUUGUAUUUUGUUUCCGUGUUCCGAUCCUUUUUUUUUUUUUUU